GAAGGCGGAAGUAGGGGCGUCCGCGGCUGGGGCUCGGGCUCCGGGCUGCCCGGGGUCGCAGCUGAAGCGGCCUUCGGGUCGGCAGAUUGGCGUCCAGGCCGCCUCAACUCGGAGUGAGGAGCCUUGGCGGAGCCGAGUCGUGCUGCCGGCUGGUGUCGGCGGCCCAGCGGACGAGAGCGAGCAGUUGAUAAUCACGUUACUAUGAGUCUGCUAAACUGUGAAAACAGCUGUGGAUCCGGCCAGUCUGAGGGUGACUGCUGUGGCGCUAUGGCCGGCCUGUGUAGCACUGCAGCAAAAGAUGACAGUGUGGGUGGAACCGCCGGCCCGGGGAACCUGUCCAGCUCCUUUAUGGAAGAGAUCCAGGGAUAUGAUGUGGAGUUUGACCCACCCCUGGAAAGCAAGUAUGAAUGCCCCAUCUGCUUGAUGGCGUUAAGGGAAGCAGUGCAAACACCAUGUGGCCACAGGUUCUGCAAAGCUUGCAUCAUCAAAUCAAUAAGGGAUGCUGGUCACAAAUGUCCAGUUGACAAUGAAAUAUUGCUGGAAAAUCAACUAUUUCCUGACAAUUUUGCAAAACGAGAGAUUCUUUCUUUGAUGGUGAAGUGUCCAAAUGAAGGUUGUUUGCACAAGAUGGAACUGAGGCAUCUUGAGGAUCACCAAGCACAUUGUGAGUUUGCUCUCAUGAAUUGUCCCCAGUGCCAGCGUCCCUUCCAAAAAUGCCUACUUAAUAUUCACAUUCUUAAGGAGUGCCCGAGGAGACAGGUUUCUUGCGUGAACUGUGCUGCGUUGAUGGCAUUUGAAGAUAAAGAGAUCCAUGACCAGAACUGUCCUUUGGCAAAUGUCAUCUGUGAAUACUGCAAUACUAUGCUCAUCAGAGAACAGAUGCCUAAUCACUAUGAUCUAGACUGUCCAACAGCCCCAAUUCCAUGCACAUUCAGUACUUUUGGUUGCCAUGUAAAGAUGCAGAGGAAUCACUUGGCACGCCACCUACAAGAGAAUACCCAGUCGCACAUGAGAAUGUUGGCUCAGGCCGUUCAGAGUUUAAGCCUUGCUUUAGCUCCUGUACCUCAGCGUGAUAUGCCGCCAUAUGAUUCUUCCUCUGUGUCCCGGGUCUCCACUCCGUGUCACCCUGAGGUCCAUAAUUUCCAAGAAACCAUUCAGCAGUUAGAGGGUCGCCUUGUAAGACAAGACCAUCAAAUCCGAGAGCUAACUGCUAAAAUGGAAACUCAGAGCAUGUAUGUAAAUGAGCUCAAACGAACCAUUCGAACCCUUGAAGACAAAGUUGCUGAAAUAGAAGCGCAGCAGUGCAACGGGAUCUACAUCUGGAAGAUUGGCAACUUUGGGAUGCAUUUGAAAUCUCAGGAAGAGGAGAAACCUGUUGUCAUUCACAGCCCUGGAUUCUACACGGGCAAACCUGGCUACAAACUGUGCAUGCGCCUGCACCUCCAGUUACCAACUGCUCAGCGCUGUGCUAAUUAUAUAUCCCUCUUUGUCCACACAAUGCAGGGAGAGUAUGACAGCCACCUGCCUUGGCCCUUCCAGGGUACAAUACGCCUUGCAAUUCUUGAUCAGUCUGAAGCGCCUGUAAGGCAAAACCAUGAAGAGAUCAUGGAUGCCAAACCAGAGCUGCUUGCCUUCCAGAGACCCACAAUCCCACGGAACCCAAAAGGUUUUGGCUAUGUGACUUUUAUGCACCUGGAAGCCCUAAGACAAAGAACCUUCGUUAAGGAUGAUACUUUGUUAGUCCGCUGUGAGGUCUACACCCGCUUUGACAUGGGCAGUCUCCGGAGGGAGGGUUUUCAGCCACGAAGUACUGAUUCAGGCACAUAGCAUCCCUGCAUUUGUUCAAAAACAAAAAGCCGUCUGGAGAAAGCAGUGUCUUUGCCUUGUUCUCAAUCAUAACGCAAACCACAAAAGAAGUGGGAAGGCUGUAGUAUUCACCAGUGAAUGUUAUUAGACAGGUCACUUACCACUUCUUCCUGUUACAAAUCUCUGAAGCAGUUUUAUUUUUUUCCUUGGGAAUCUACACAUUCUGUGCUUUCUCAAAAACCGAAGUGCCUGUGGCAUAUUGCAGCAGCUCUUUUGUCAUUUAGUAUACCUCUUUGUUGUACUUCAUGGGCUUUUGCUCCAGUGUGUUUGAUUGUCAAAAAGCCCAUGGUUGGACUAGGAAAGCUCAAACUUUUUAAGAAUGACAUUCUUUAAAACUUCAGCUUAUUUUUAUAUGUAAUAUAUUAAACUUGAGAAUCACUACUGCCUCGUGCUGAUGCCAGUGAGAAUUAUUACUCUGGAGCUGAGUUCUCAUUUUAUUUGACCUUGUACGGAUUUCAGAGGAUUUGAACCUUAAUCCUUGGAAAGCUUAAGUUCUCAUUCACUCCAACCCCCCACCCCCUGUAGGAUGUUCAGAAACUAGUUUAAACCCUAAAUAUAACCUUAGUUAUUUAGUAUAAACACUUAUCUGGCAUACAUAUUUCCUUGAGGCUACAAGUAGCAUCUUCUCCAGAGUUGAGACUUUUGAGAACCAUGUGGGUACCAACUGCCCAGUGUUAUGCUAUAAAUCCCUUUCUGUCCGUUCAGUGCAGAGUGAAUUCCACAGCUUUACAUAUGUUCUCUGUGGCUUAAUGCUUGUAGGACAAGGAGAUGCACACAUAUAAGCACCAACAGAAAAAAUAAGUCUCAUCAGUCAGCCAACAUGGCAUUUCACUGGUGGUGACGGGAGCUAUCUGAGCCAGAAAUUUUCAGCUCUUUUGAACACCUCCGAUAGUUGUUAAAUGGAACAAAACUGAUUUCCUAAAAACAGAAUUUCUUAAUACUUGGGAGAUCACUGGAGAUAACCUGAGAGGUCAUCAAACCAAGGUGGGCAGUCACAGUGGUUCUGUCAGGACUUAGCCUGAAUAGGUUGCUUUGGUCAACAACAGUACAUAGUUGAGGAGGGUCAUCUGGAAUGUAUUGAAGUGGCUAAAUGUUCCUAAUAGGGAGAGAUGAUUUUUGUGCCGUUGAUUUGUUAAGGCCUAUAGAUAUUAAAUAUGGUGAAAUCUUUUUCUCAGUGAGUCCUAGAGCUAGUAGAGGCUCUUAGAAGAAUCUGAGAAGACCCGUACCCCUUGCUGUUUACACAAGAAUGUUUAAUGAUGUCUGGUCAUGAGAGAUGGAAUUAUAUCUUUAGAGGGGCCAGAUCAGAGCUCCCUGACCAGCAUUGAAGAUGAGCCUUAAUUUCAAGAGGAAGCCAAGAGACCUUGUCUGUGGAGAAGAAUGGUUUUGGUUCCAGGCAGACCCAGCAAGUAUGUCACUUUGACCUUUCCCUUCCCUUGUGUUCCUGCCCUACGUCUCUGCCGCUCCUGCUCUGAUGCGUUUAUGUUCCACAGUAAAAAGAAGGGUCAUGCGGAGAUCCUGUUCCCCAGAGUUACCAACGGUACCAACUGCUCAUCACUAGUUCCCAGUUCACUUCCUGGCAGUUGGUGUCCCUUAGCGGCUAUGCCUUCCAACUAGCUCCUCAGAAUCAUGGCACCACCACCCUCCAGGUUGGGAGCCCUGCACUACUGCUGUUGUGACUGUUUUUCAGUGAAUAAUUGUUGAGUUCCAUUUAACAAGUAAAUGGUAAACUUUUUUUGUUGCAUAGAAAAAGCCUGAAGGAAAUGUACUGACCUAUCUUUGAUGACUUAUAUUCUUUGUGCUUUCUUAAUAUGUUUUACAUUUUCUACAAUAAACCAUAUAUUUUUAUCAGAGGGAAAAAAAAAAUGUUGCCACAAAACAUUCAACCCCACCAAAAAAGGAAAUACUAUUUAAAAGCUUCCUGGUCAAAUUUCUAUUAAAAGCAUGGCUGUACUUUAGGUACUGAACCAAGUCAUUUCCUGCUUUGGUUAGUUUUUUUUUUUUUUUCCUACUAACUCUGUUAGUUGAAAUUAGGCAAAAAACCUGUUUUUUGCCUAAUUUCUACUUCUAGCUUCAAGGUUCUCAUCUGUAGAAUAAGGAGUUGCUUUAGAUGUUUCUAAGGUCCACUCCAACCAUAAAAUUCUGUUUUAAGAAAUUAAGUCCUAACCAGCAGAGCGUUGACAAUACUUACUAAAAGAUUUUGCCUGUAGGAAAUUGCUCUGCCUUAAUUUUUGCUGCCUAUAAUACUUCAAAUGUAGUAUCCCAUCAGCUGGGUCUCAUCUUAAUUCAAAUAAGCAUUUGUUUUCACCCCCAAACAUGUGGUAUUUUGUAAGAAACCAGGCACUUAUUUUACACUGGUCAUUCACUGUGAAUAUAGAAUAAAAGUAAUGGUCAAGCUGUCAUUCCAGAUAGAAACUUUUGUUAAGACCUCACCUCAGAAUCAAGCCUGAGAUGGAAAAUCUGGUCUCUGACAUUUUUCCAAUCUGCCGGACUCAAACAUGCUGGCUUCACUCAACUGGCUUUCAAGUGUUUGUGCCCUGCAUUCUUAUUUUAUUAACCUUUGAACAUGUUGAUCUUCUGACAUCAUUCUCGAAUGUAGCAAAAUUGUUUCCUCUUUUCCCAGAGAGGUCCAACCCAGUGUUGGAGGCAACUGGCUUCAAGUCAUGUAUUUGGCUGUGGGAAAACCAGUCAGGAUGUUGAUUUGUAGUUUGGGAGUUUUUACCGUCCUUUGGCCGGGGCAGCAGUGAAGCUUUGUCUACACUACAGUGUGAUUCAGCUUUUACUGUGGGGCCGAGUCAAGGGAAAUAGAAUGAAAGGCGAGUUUUUUCCUCUGAUGAUGGGCUAAUAUAGAGAUGUUGGAUGAAAUGUGACAGUUUUUGUGACAGGUAUAAAAUUAAGUUCUCCAUUAGUGUUUCUGUACUAGUAAAGUCUUAGAUAAACUAAGCAGGAAUUAGGAAUUAGGAAUUAUGCAUGCAAUUAGAAUACAUUCUCCUUAAAGAGGAGCAGUUGCUUGUCAUUCCUUUAUCCAGGGAACCCUCUGAUCUCUGGUGACCAGAAAACACUUUUAAUUAGGAGAGAGGUUUUUCUAACUUAAGACUUGAAAGCACUGUACUUUAAUUCAGUUACUCCAGCUCUUUUUUUUGGCUUGUCUCAAUUAAAUUAUGAAUUAUGCUCACCAUUUAUAUAAAAUUCCAUUAGGUCUCUUUUGUGAUGCCUAGUUCCACAGAGCCUAAGCACUGCAAUGCCUUAAAAAAAUGAAAAAUGGACAAUCGUCAUUUGUACUUUUCUUUUGAAAUACACUUUUUUCUAGAUUUUCCAGAUUCACACGAUAAGCUAUAGUAAGUUUCACAGUUGAUACUAUUGCAUUCUAUAGAAUGGAGUUGACACUCCCAAAUUGCCAGUCUCCAGAAAGUUGAUUUGAUGAAAUCAAAUUAGAUGGAUCUCUACAGAUUGUAGUCAAGUACAGCCUUCACUUUUAGUCACAUGCCUGUAAAGAGAAGCCUACUUGUUUCUCUAAAUGUCACCUAAGCCUUUAAUGUUUUAAAGCUUUUUCCUCUCCCAAAAUUGUUAUUAUAAAGUUAUAAAAUACCGAAAAAUCAUUCUAGAUGGGGCAAGCAUGUUGUGGAAUAAGAAGAUGUGGUGCUAUUUUUUUUUCCUCUCAAAGUGCUUUCUCAGUCGGAUGCUAGCCCUGCCUUUAGGACAAGGGGGAAGGAGAGGCUGGCUCCUCUGCUCCCUCAAGGCCUGCAGCUCUGAGUGCCCACCUGGAAGGUCACCAGAGCACAGCCGCAAUGCUGCUUCCCAGCCGUGGUUUCUGGAAAGGCGAGCCUCCUGUCAGAGUUCCUCUGCCGGCUGACUGCACUUAUCCCUAAGUUGCAGGUAGAUUUCAGGGUACAAGCUAAAGGGCCAAUGGAAAGAAGAGCAUAUGGAUUCCUGUAUUCCACGAAAGAAAUGCUGCCAGUCUUAGAAGCACGUAAUGACAGUUUUACUGCAGUCCGAAGGAGAGUGCGAAAAUUUAGGGACAGGGACGGUGUUCGGUUCACGGUUUCAGCACGGUGCCCAGCACAGGAUACACACUCAUAUAUUUAGUAUGAUCUGUUAAUGAAAAUACUGGUUAAAACUGACCAAUUUCUGGUAGUUUGUCAUGUAAGUUUUAGGUGGUACGGUAUAGAUAAGUUUGGUUGUUUUGUUUUUUGUUUUUUACCCCCAGCACUUUCUUUAUGAAAUUUUUCAAACAUGCAAAGAUGUUGGACGAAUUGUAUAGUGAACCACCACCACCUAGAAUCUACAAGUAACAUUUUGUAACAUUAGCUUUAUCACUUAGUGCAUGUUAAUUUUAAUGAGACUUCUUCAAGUUUGGUUUCUCUUUAAAAAUUUUGCUAAGAUAAUUAGCUUCAGUUGAGUCAUCUUAAACUCUUUGGGGAAACUUGUGAUAUCUGAGUUGUAGCUGGAAUUGUGGUCCUCACUUUCAGCUAGUUUUCAUAUCAUGCUAAAUUUUAAUCUUAUUUAUUUUGCCUGAAGGGAUGCUUUUUAUAAUGGAUUUAUUUGAAAGUCCUUGAUCAGUUGUGCAGAAUAUUCUAAUGUUAUUUUCACACUUGAUAAAUUAUCCAAUUAAUUUCUCUGGUGAGAAUGUAAUUUGGGGCCCAUUCUGCUUACACAGGGUUCCAGGAUUAUGUUCCCAGAGGGCUGAAGAGGCAGUGUAAUUUAGCAUAUAUACCACUAAAUUAGAAGCUAAGAGACUUAGGUUUUACUCCUGACUGACCAUGGGCAAAUCAGUUCUUUGUCGUUGUGUCUGUUUACCUACCUGUAAAGAGUGGGAUAGAAUCUGAAAUUUAGAUACUGUUAAGUAAUGGGUAAUGUUUAUUAAUGCUUGGAUCUAUUAAGCAAGAUGUUUUAUGAACCCAGGGAGGCUGUUAAAGUUCAGUAACUGUAUGACAAGCUAUGGGGUGAAAACGGAUGUGAAAAAUUGAAGCACGUGCAGAUGGUGAAAGUGUCAUCAAAAAGCCUGCUGUUGCUCAGAAUUUACUGUUGCUACAGAAGUUGUGAGCAGUUUUCCUAAUCCAUCUGGACUCAAAAUUAUGUGUUUUGUGAGAGGGAUUGAAUGCGAAGAUGGGAGGGGGUGGCUCAUCACAGAAAGGCCAAAAAUCAGUGUUCAUCGGAAGAGCAGGAUGCGUGAAAGGGAGGGCUUAAAGGCAUUACCCAGAUUCACUGCCACACACCCUCCACUGCCCCCCUCCAACCGCCCCCAUCACCACACACAACACAGAGAACAACCCCCCCUGCCCCCCCUCCCCUGUGGUCUCCAUCAGGUCAAUACAACUGGAUUGCAGGACUGGCGGAGGGAUCAACAGGGUCUCCACUCCAUUUAGUAGAUAAGUGUGACCUGUUCUUUCCAACCUUAGGUUAUGCAUAUAGAUUCACAUUUAAGUCACAAAGGCAUUUGGAGAUUUUACAUUAGAUCCUGUCUUAGUAGUGGUUAAAAGAGUGUGACCAAAAGUGUUUCUUGAAUGGCACCUUAUUGAAUGUUAGUGUACAUGAAAACAAACGCUGGACUGACACAGUCUACCCUCUCCCAUCUGUUGUGCAUAUUCUCUUCUCAACCUGUAUAUAGCACCGAUGGCUUUACCAAAGAAGUACUCUUACUUAAAAUGAAAUAUAUAUUUAAAAUAUAACUGGUAUCCCGGGUGUUUGUUUUAAUAAAAUAACUACACUGCCUU